AUGAGCGCGCCGCACGCCGACCCAAACUUCCCGCCAAACCUCAACAUCGCGCCGCUGCACCUGGCCGGCACGGCCGCGACGUCCGAGUCGGACGGGCACGGGCAGGCGGCCGCGAUCGCGCGGUACGGGAUCGCCGGCCGCGUGUGGGAGGCGACCGCCGCGCUCGUGCAGUACUUGACGCCUGGGGCGAGCGCCGCGGCGCGCUUCGAGCCGACGUGCUCGCUGUUCGACAGCGCCGCUGGGCGACCGCCACACCGCGUCCUCGAACUCGGAUCGGGACAGGCACUUGCGAGCUUGCACCUCGCUUCCCAUCUCCCACCGACCGACACGAUCGUGCUCACCGACCUGCCGGCCGUCGUGCCGCUCUGUGAGGCGAGCAUUGCCGCCUGGAGCGCGCGCGAGGGCGGAGAGCAUGCGCAGGUGGUUGCGCGGCCGCUGGCGUGGGGGGAGGACGCGGGCGAGGUGCUGGCCCUCGGGCCGUUCACGCACAUCCUGAUGUGCGACCUCGUCUACUUCCCCCACCUGUACCCGCCGCUCCUGCGUACGCUGCUCGAACUCACUGAACCGGAGAGUAUCCCGACAGAAGGAGACACCUUCGGCCCCGAGAUCAUCAUGGCGUGGAAAUCACGCUCCCUCGCCCUCGAAGAAUCUUUCUUCGACUCGUUUGGACGAUACUUUGAGCUCACACCGGUGCUCGGCGGCGGAUGGGACGAGGAGCGCAUCUUCGUGUGUCGCCGUUGGCGGGUGACCGACGAGUGGCGCCUCCCAUCGCUCAAACACGUCAUGGCGCCUCAGCCUGGCGUGGUGGUCCAGCGCAGCUUCGGCCUCGUCGACGACCUCUUUGCCCAUCUUGAGUGGGAGUAG